AUGCCCACUACUGGCACUAAUCCCAUAUUGAUUAGAGACUCUGAAGUGGCUUUCCGCUUUGAUGAUUGCAAACCUAGCAAAACUGGGCCUGCGUACAGCACGAAAAAAAAGGCCAGGAGCGAGACUGUCGUUGCGAUGGCGCCAUCUUGUUUCGAUCGGCCGAUGGCGAGUAAUUACGGUCUGAGUCAAGAAAAUGGCUUUUUGGAGGGAGCUCAUCAGCUUGUGGAUCCAAUCAAUUUUCGUUACCUACGUCAUGUGGUACUCAAAUUUGUGCUUAGUAGGGAAAACGAGGUAUGCCAUUACUUUUGCUAUUUCUCCGCUUAUGUGUGUUUAUGUCUUGGCAUCGUUUUAUUUUUCGAAGUUUAG